CACUCCUUCUGCGUCCCGAACACCGGCCACUCCAAAACCCACCGAUGGGUACCCCUCCCCAAAACAUCCGCCGGAUUCCGUCUCCUUCCGCCGAUUUCCCAUCUUCUAAUACUCACCUCUCCUUUUAGGGUUCCUUUUUCUCCCUCUUCCGUGAUCUUUCUCCCUCACACACUCUCCUCGAUGGCGUCUUCGAGCUCUGAUUUGGGGCACGCACGGCCAGAAGACGACGAGCUGGCCUCCCUGGACGAGCUCUACAACAUCAACGUCGUCCCUUCCGAGCUCUUCUUCAAGUUCCGCAAGCAAAUCGAGGGUUUCCGCGUCGGCGCCAAUCUCGAGUUUUUCAAUUUGUCAGCUAAUGAGUUCCAUGCAAAGUUAGUUCUUAAGCCCACUGCUGCUGAUAGGAGGUGGAAGUUCAUUUAUGAGCCCUUGCAUGGAGAUAUUCGGCUGCUUUCAAAGAAGAUACCUCUUACUAAAUAUCUGAAUCUUCAGGUCGGGAUUGGCCAUAAUUUUCAACUAAAUGCAACUGGGUGGAAGUGGAAGCUUUCUACAUGCUUGGGUGGAGAUGGUGUUUCCCAGAUUAGAAAUAAAACAUCAGUUGGCUUAUGCCCAGGAGUUGAUCUGAGGAUUGGUUGGAGGGCUGAAUAUAUCCUUCCCGAGAUUCACGGGGCUGUCGGCACCGGAGAACCAAUGUUUAAUAUGAAUUAUGGUCGCCUGCAAGCGUCGAUAGAUCGAGUGGAGGCAAUAAUAACUCAAGGUUAACUCUUCAUUAGGGCAUUCGUACUCGGUUUAGUUAAACCAAAGCACAGAAGGCAACCUCGUUGCUAUGCUCGGCCAGCGGCAAACAACCAUCCUAGCAAGAAGCAGCUACUCCAGAUGUGAUUUGCCAUAGUGCGUCAGCUUUGUCAUUACCUCUAUGCUGUACAGAGUGUUCCCUCAAAAGAGUAAAUAGGCUGGAAAAAUAAGAUAAACAAGUCUCUCGUUCAUCUUUCUUUCAAGUUUUUAGAUGGUUUUUGGUUGGAUCAUUGAUUUGUUGCUUACCAACUAAACUACUUAACACUAUCUAUCUGUGUGCCAUGUACACAAACGCUGAUGUUACAAAGGACGGUAUGUAUCAGAAUACCCAUCUAUUCAAGAAAUUUUAUUGGCUACGCGUCGUAAAAA